AUGUCUUNGACUGCUUAUAAAACACCACUUGGCACUACUCCUUUCCAUCUGCUUUAUGGGAAAGCCUGUCAUCUUCCAGUGGAGUUAGAGCACAAAGCAGCCUGGGCAGUUAAGUUGAUGAAUUUUGAUGCCAAGACAGCUUCAGAGAGAAGAAAAUUUGAGCCAAAUGACCAGGUACUCCUUUACAAUUCCCGCUUGAAGCUGUUUCCUGGAAAGCUGCGUUCCCGCUGGUCUGGUCCUUUUACUGUUCAAGAAGUCAGACCAUAUGGAGCUAUUGUGCUGUUGAACUCAAAAGGGGAGGAAUUUACUGUUAAUGGCCAAAGGGUGAAACAUUAUUGGGCAAAAGCUGAGAUACCAGACGGACACAUUGUGCGUUUGGAGGAUGCACCCUCUGCCUAA